AUGACACUGGGACCGCGGCCUUACUACUGGCCCAACACAGAAACGGUCUCCUAUGGAGGUAGCCCGCCGAUUGCGACGAGAAGUGGAUGGAUGGCCCUGGCUCUGCUACCGUUUGUCUUAGCACUGAGCGCAAAAGCUAAUCUUAUCUCGACUUUGACCGGCGUGCCUCAUGAAAAGCUUCAAGUGUUUCAUCACUGGACAAGUUAUGCUAUGUUUGUCCUGGCGCUCGUUCAUACCUUUCCUUUCAUUGUUUACCACAUCGAUCAAGGCGAUAUGGUCGACCAGUGGAAGACGGAGGUUACAUACUGGACUGGGGUUGCUGCUAUAAUUCCGCAGGCAUAUCUGACAUUCAUGUCAUUCCCAGCCAUCAGGAACCGAUUCUACGAAUUCUUCAAAGCCACCCACUUUCUUGCCGCCCUGGCUCCCCUAACAUACCAUGUCAUGGAUCCAGCUCACCCUACCAGGGAUUACUUCAUAUCUGCAGGAGCAAUAUACAUCCUAAGUUUAUGGAUAUCCAACAUUCGUACCUACUUCAUGCAUGGCCGCCACACAGCCACAAUCGAACAGCUCCCCUGCGGCCUCGUCCGAAUCCGGAUUCCAACAAUUAUGACCUGGCGCCCAGGCCAACACGUUUUCGUCCGAUUCCUCAGCAUUCAGCAAGGCAUCCACUGUCUCAGCGCUCACCCAUUCACGAUCUGCUCCCUAUACCAGGACAUGGAGCGAACCGGCAAAGCACCUGAAAUCAUCUUCUACGUCAAGCCGCGCCGCGGACUAACAGCCAGCCUGGGCAACACGGCUCUCGAACAACCGAACUCAUCUGAGACAGUGCUCCUCGAAGGCCCAUAUGGCGGGAUUUCUGAGUCCGUCGAUUUCGCCCAGUUUGACACAUAUGUCCUCAUCACUGGGGGCACCGGCGGUGGCUUUUCCCUGGCCAUUCUCGAGGAAGCACUGCGGGCUCACCGACAGCAACAGUCAACCGCAACAAUCCAAGUACACUUUGCGACUCGCACCGCCGCCCUCGCAGAUUGGUACCGGGAGGAAAUCAAAGCCAAGCUUGCAGCCUACAACGUUCAAAGCGACGAAAUCUCCCUCUCCAUCCACGUCACCUCGAAGGACUCACUAUUGUCCACUCCAGCUUCGGGAUCACCCCUGAUCCCAGACUCAGUGGAGAAGAGAGGACCCGGGGGUUCCUCCGACUCCGUUUCAUCGCAAAUCGACAUUGCGGAUACGGUUGUCCAAUUGGGGAACCGACCGGACAUAUCUGGGAUCAUCGCAGCUAGCACUGCAUCACACACGUCGAGGCGUAUCGCGAUCUUUACCUGUGGCCCGGGGUCAAUGAUCCGCGACGUGAGGAACGCAGCUGCGCAUGCACAGGGCCAAGUUCUGAAGAAGGGAAGCACUGUGGAGGAAGUCUAUUUGCAUACAGAACCAUUUUCGUGA